UAAUAAUUUUUGUUUUCCUUUCCCUCUCAAAUCAAAACCCCACCCCUCACAAUCCAUCCCCAAUUCGCUCCUAAUUCAGAAACCCACGAAUGCAUUCCCCUCACAAACCCGAUUACCUCACAAACCCUAUUCCCGCACACCAUACCACAGCGAUUGCCGCCUGCAUGCCGGAGUUUCAGCCUCCUUCUGCACACCGGUGCUGCCGCUACGCUGCAGCGUUGAACCGUUCACCCACCUCUCAAAGAACCCACGACAGGGUUCUUGUUGGUACUGGACGGUCGUGUUAUGAGACGUUGAGGCCAUUGGCUUAUAGCUUGCUAGCACAGAUUGUUCAUCAUGUUCGAGCAGAUCUCUCCUUGCCGCAGCUAUUACGCAUCAUUUACUUGUUCUCAAGCAACAUGCAUGAUGCUUCGCUAACAUUGAGUAUCCACACCACUUGUGCUCGUCUUAUGCUGAAUCUGGUUGAACCAAUUUAUGAGAAGGGGGUUCAUCAAACAUCAAUGGAUGAAGCACAGAUUUUACUGGUUCGGAUCUUGGAUUCUUUUGUUGGGAAGUUUAGUACCUUCAAGCACACCAUUCCCCGGAGCUUUGUUCGAGGAAGGGCAGUAGGAGACUCACAAACACUCAACUCAGACAGAGGAUCGAAGAGUUUCUGAAAUUUCUGAAAUUUCAAGAUUGGUGAGAUUUUUCCAAUUUUCGUUGAUUACAGCCUUACGUAAUCAUAGUGUAAGUCUUUGGUGUGUUUUUUGUUAAAAGCAAGAUUGGUUUUAAAUAGAUUAAACAACGUGUGUAUUGCAAAAUUAGGCAUAGAGCAGAUUUCUGUAAUUGCUGUCAGAAAUAAGUUUCUGUAUUCUGUAUUACUGCUCUUUGUGCAUUGCUGAUUUCUUUGUUGUUUUUGUUAAAUAAUCACAGAAAAUUUGUUUUACAGGGAUUAAAUACUUGGUUUUUUCUGUUGUGCAAUACAGAACGUGUAUAUCAAGACCUUGUUUUAGAAAACCUUGUCUGAUUCUGUUUUUCUUUGAUUAUGUUUUGAAGUGUUGUGUGCAUCAAUUGUUGAUUAAGUUGCUUUUGUUUCCGUUUUCUGUGACUAUGGAUGCUAGGAUGAAUAAUGUAGAGGAAGCAUUAAGACUGAUCACACAGUCCUUAGCCAAUGCAGGCUUGAUGAACAAUGACAGACCCAAUAACCAACACAAUCCCAACCUCACACCAAAAAACCAUGAGGAUAGGACAAUUAGGAUAGAUAUUUAUGUAAGUAAACAACUCAACAUUGAGCCGAUGUAUAUGUAAAACUAACGUGCAUAGAUACAUCCAUUUGUCUAAACAUAAAUGCUUUUGAUGUAUCUUCUCGUCAAUAAUGCCAUAAAGGAAUUACCAAUAAUAGCAAGAACUUGAUUGGCAUCAACUUUUGUAAUCAUCAUGCAGGUCAUAAGUGAGAGGAACUCUAAAAAUUGGAAUUCUAACAAGAGAUCCAAGCAUACGACUGGAAAUUUAUCAUUUCCUGAAUCAGAAGAUGUAUUG